GGCGCUUGCACACUCUCGGCGCGGCUGGAACCCAGCGCCCCUGGCAGGUUACCCGCGGCCAGGCUAGAGGGCGGGCCCCAGCGGGCACCCUAGCCCCGCCUGGGCCGCAGCCCGCCUACGCUCACGUGACCCUGGCCCAUCUGUUCAAGAUGGCGGCGCCCAGGGCUGUCUGCACGCUGGUGAGCGGAGGGUGCGUGACUCACUGCCGUGGAGUUUUCUCUUCAAUGGUCAGUCGUAUCUGCUUACACAAGCAGUCAAGCAGUCAACAAAGAAGAUAUUUCUUUUUCCAGAGACAAAGAAAUACUGCUUACAGUAUAGUUCGGCCAGCUAUAGUUUCUUUAGCUCACCCAGUUCCUAAGCACAUAAAGAAGCCAGACUAUGUGACGACAGGCAUUGUACCAGACUGGGGAGACUACAUAGAAAUUAAGAAUGAAGAUCAGAUUCAAGGGCUUCGUCAGGCUUGUCAACUGGCCUGUCAUAUUCUACUUCUAGCUGGAAAGAGUUUAAAGGUUGGCAUGACAACCGAAGAAAUAGAUUCCAUUGUUCAUCACGAAAUAAUCAGACAAAAUGCCUAUCCUUCACCUCUAGGCUAUGGAGGUUUUCCCAAAUCUGUUUGUACCUCUGUGAACAACGUAGUAUGUCAUGGUAUUCCUGACAGUCGACCUCUUCAGGAUGGAGAUAUUAUCAACAUUGAUGUCACAGUUUAUUUCAAUGGCUACCAUGGUGACACUUCUGAAACAUUUUCGGUGGGCAAUGUGGAUAAAUCUGGUCAAAAGUUAGUGGAGGUUGCCAGGAAAUGUAGAGAUGAAGCAAUUGCAGCUUGCAGACCAGGGGCUCCCUUCUCUGUAAUUGGAAACACAAUCAGCCGCAUAGCACAUCAGAAUGAUUUCCGAGUCUGCCCCUACUUUGUUGGGCAUGGAAUAGGAUCUUACUUCCAUGGACACCCUGAAGUUUGGCAUCACGACAAUGACAGUGAUUUGUUAAUGGAAGAGGGAAUGGCGUUUACAAUAGAGCCAAUAAUAAUGGAAGGAUCGCCUGAAUUUAAGACCCUAGAGGAUAAAUGGACUGCAGUUUCUGUAGACAAUAAAAGGUGCCUGAAUUUACUUCUUAUAUAUUUUAAACUGUGGAAUUGAUCACUGACAGCCGGACGGAAUGGGAGGAGCAGAAAUCCUUACAAAAGUACUGGAAGAACCUUAAGGAUGGAUCAAGACUGGCUGUCCUGUGCUCCUGGAAUGUCUAUCAGCUUUACCAGCGCAGAGGAGGUUUCUGGAACUUUUAUGAGGAAUAGGUGCUGUGGCUCCUUAGAGGAAAUGGAAUGGACAGCUUGUAGGGCAUAAUGUGAGGGGGACAUACUGCGGAUUAUUACCUGAUAAGUAUUUAAUAAAAACCAGUUGAUUUGUGUAAAUCUUGAAGCUACCGUGCACACUCUAAAAGCAAGAGUUUGGGUUCUUAAUUGUGAAGGGCUGGGGGCAGAUACACAAAGCUAUUACUCCUGCUUCCAGAUGCUUACACUGGACAAACACGUAUCGGAUGAUACUUAGUAAAUGCAAUUGAGAAGACAGAGGGAAAUGGUAGUUUCCUAGUAUAUCUGAACUGUGGAGAGCUAUGGAACAAUUUCCCUUCGUUGUGAUUAGCACGCUGCUCUUUUUCCCAAGCUUGUGAUCUACGCUAGUAGGAAAACUAAAUAAAUACAUUAAAAUGCUUAAUUUCCGAAAUGUGGCGUUUGUGCUCUCAAACCCAGAGAUCAUAUUCCUCCUGCGGGCCUGCGCACCAGCGGCCCUCUGCUCUCUUGGCUCGGGGUUUUUUUUUUCCCUCCCACACAAGAAAAAGUGAUUACGGGUGAGCUAAAACGCGUCUUUCCCUUGUCCGGACUGUAGGAUUAACCAGCUCGCCCCUGCUGUAUUGAACAUUCCUUUUUCUAAAGAUCUCAGCUGCAGUUAUGAGAAACUCAUUCCGCAUUUUUGAACGUUUAGCAAAAAUGAAGAAGUGGGUUAGACUCCUAGUUACAUGACCCCAGCUUCCCCUCAGCUGGUUGCUUAUCUGGGGAAGUUUGGACGUUUAAUAAGAACUGCAACUGUUCUGAUCCCAUGAAUAUUGAUAAUAGCUAAUAAUUAAUCCAGCUGCACAACUUCAAGAUGAAUUGCUAAAAUCUCAGGCCGGACCUGUCCUGAAGAUUAAGGUUUUGAUCUGCCAUUAGGUGGCUGCUAAUCCCCCUGCCCGAAUGUGUAAAGUGUUUUGAAUUUGGUGUUUAAAUACACCGGGUGCUGCUGCUGC